AUGUCUGGAAGAUGCAAAGGAGGAAAAGGCCUGGGAAAAGGUGGAGCGAAACGGCACCGCAAAGUGCUCCGUGAUAACAUCCAGGGCAUCACGAAACCAGCCAUCCGCCUGGCUCGCCGUGGCGGGGUCAAAUGCAUCUCGGGCUUGAUCUACGAGGAGACCCGCGGGGUGCUGAAGGUUUUGCUGGAGAAUGUGAUCAGGGAUGCGGUCACCUACACUGAGCACGCCAAGCGCAAGACGGUCGCCACCAUGGAUGUGGUGUAUACUCUGAAUCACCAAAACCGCACCCUCUAUGGAUUCGGCGGCCGAGGAUAA